AUGGUUCAGGAAAGAUUUUGGUUUAUUAGAAAUGAGUAUUAUGGGCCAGUGGAUUUGAGAACAGACCCAGACUACACAGGGCGGGUUGAGCACCAGUUUCAUGAGAAGGACUGCACUCUGAGGAUCACAGACCUGAGAGAGAGUGACUCAGCACAGUACAAGUUCAGAUUCAUAACAAAUCAGCGUGAUGGAAGUUAUACUGGCUCACCUGGAGUCACUUUGACUGUCACAGACCUGCAGGUGAAGAGAAGAAAAUCAUCAGCCCACACAGAGCUGCAGUGUCACAGCAGCUGUGAUGUAAUUGAUCCUCCAUCAUAUGUUUGGUACAAAAAUGGACAGAAAAUAGAGGAAGAAACAUCUCUGCGAGUCUCUGUUGGAGGUGAUGACAGCAGCUAUUCCUGUGCUGUUAAAGGACAUGAGGGUUACCGCUCUGCUGCAGUGUAUGAUCCAAAGCUUCCCUCUGUGUCAGUGAGUCCCUCUGCUGAGAUAGUGGAGGGCAGUUCAGUGGCUCUGACCUGUAGCAGUGAUGCUAACCCAGCAGCUAGUUACACCUGGUACAAGGAGGAUGGUCAAACACCUCUGAGUAAGGAGUGGUGGCUCUCCUUCAGCUCCAUCCAGCCCUCUGACUCUGGACAGUAUUACUGUACUGCUGAGAAUGACCUGGGGAAGAGGACAUCUGAAUCCAUCUUUAUUGAUGUGAAAUGUGAGUGA